CGCUCAGCCCACUCUCUCUCUCUCCUCCACAUUAGUGAGGCUGUUCAGUGGAGCUGCUGUUAGUCUGUCAGACACACACAGGCAGGCAGGCGGUCUGCGGAGCCGUGUGGAAGUAUACAUCCCAGCAGCCAGAGCCCAGGGGCGGCCGGUGGGAGGAGGCAGAGAGAGAGUCACCGCACAGCCUCUUUGACAGCCGCGAGAGGAGGAGAGAAGGAGCCGCCCGCACCGGACUCAUGUCUACGGAGCUGUCUGAAGACCUGGACGGGUUAGGAGAGCAGGCGACAGACGGAUCGACCAAACUCACAGACAUCUGCAGUGGCACAGCGGGCAGCAGCAUGGCGUCCAUACCGGAGUACUACGCCGGCAAGAACGUGCUGAUCACGGGAGCCACGGGCUUCAUGGGAAAAGUGCUGGUGGAGAAGCUGCUGAGGUCCUGCCCCGAUGUCAAAGCCCUCUACCUCCUGGUCAGACCCAAAGCCGGCCAGUCCAUGCAGGAAAGGGUCAGCGACAUGAUGAUGUGCAAGCUUUUCGACCGGGUGCGGGAGGACAACCCCGACUUCCACCAGAAGAUCAUCCCCAUCAGCAGCGAGCUGACGCAGCCGGGCCUCGCCAUCAGCCCGGAGGAUGUCGAGAAGCUCUCCGCCUGCAUCAACGUCGUCUUCCACUGCGCCGCCACCAUCCGCUUCGACGAGCCGCUCAAACACGCCCUGCAGCUGAAUGUGAUCGCCACGCAGAAGAUCCUCAGCUUGGCCCAGCAGAUGCACCACCUCGAGGCCUUCAUUCACAUCUCCACCGCCUAUGCAAACUGCAACCGCAAGUACAUCGACGAGGUCAUUUACCCACCACCCGUCGAGCCCAAGAAACUCAUCGAGUCUCUCGAGUGGAUGGAUGACGGCAUCGUGCGCGACAUCACGCCGCGGCUCAUCGGCGACAGGCCCAACACGUACACCUACACUAAAGCCCUGGCCGAGUACGUGGUGCAGCAGGAGCAGGACAAGCUCAACAUCGCCAUCGUCAGACCCUCCAUAGUAGGAGCCAGCUGGCAGGAGCCGUUCCCCGGUUGGAUCGACAACUUCAACGGGCCUAGUGGCGUCUUUAUAGCUGCCGGAAAGGGGAUCUUGCGCACCAUGAGAGCCAACAACGACGCCGUGGCUGACCUGAUCCCCGUGGACGUGGUCGUCAACCUCACCCUGGCUGCUGGCUGGUACACCGCUGUACACAGAAGGAAAACAGGAAAACAGAAAAAUGAAAGACCUAAAACAGCUCUGGUGUACAACUGCACGACCGGCGGCAUCAACCCAUUCCACUGGGGAGAGAUCGAGCAUCAUGUGAUGACGUCCUUCAAGAGGAACCCGCUGGAUCAGGCGUUCCGCCGGCCCAACGCCAACAUCACCUCCAACUACCUGAUCAACCAGUACUGGAUCCUAGUCAGCCACAAGUUCCCGGCCCUCAUCUACGACCUCGUCCUGCGUCUCUCCGGACAAAAGCCGCAGAUGAUGCGCAUCUUCAAUCGGCUCCACAAGGCCAUCGGCCUGCUGGAGUAUUUCAGCAGUCAGGACUGGGAGUGGAACUCUGAGAACAUGAGCAUGCUGAUGAACCAGCUGACCCCGGAGGACAGGAAGACAUUUAACUUUGAUGUGCGCCAGCUGAACUGGCCCGAGUACAUCGAGAACUAUUGCCUCGGCACCAAGAAGUACGUCCUGAAUGAAGACAUGUCUGACAUUCCUGCUGCCAGGCAGCAUCUGAGGAAACUGAGGAACAUCCGCUACACCUUCAACACCCUGCUGGUCGUUUUCAUCUGGAGGGUGUUUAUCGCCCGCUCCCAGAUGGCCAGAAACAUCUGGUACUUUGUGGUCAGCCUCUGUUUCAAGUUCCUCUCCUACUUCCGCGCAUCCAGCACCAUAACCAACUGAGUCUUCCUCCCUUCCGCCUCAAACCAGAGACAGCAGCAGCCCUCGCCUUUUUAGCUGUAACAUCUGAGACUCUGACCGUCCACGCAGGACACUCUAAAUCCUCCUUUUUGUGUGGAUUAGCUGGGGGCUCUCUACAGGAGGGAGGCUGCAGUUGUGUGAAGCACUGGGAAGGGAAGAAAAGAGGUCUACUAGCCAUGAAUUAUUUGUUUAGUUUGGAAAUCUGUCACUGUUCAGUCACCAGACACCCCGUCCAAAAACAAAGUGUUGUCAUUAAUUUUGUACCUACCGUUUUCUUCUCAACGUGGCCAAUUAUAUAUGCAACAAUAAGCCUUUUGUGUGACUUUCUUUCCCUGUUUCCAUCCUCUUGAAUCUCGGUACAUUGCCUUGCCUUGUGAUGAUUUUUUUUUCAUACUUGAAAUAUGGCAGUGCUUCACUGGAGAAUGAUUUCUAUAAGAUUAUUUUGUUUUUUUACUGUGGGGAUAUCCAACUCCUCUCUUUAAUACGCAGGUGAUUUGGAUAUCUGUAUGUCUUGCAUUACGUGUAUCUACUGCCUUUUUAAGAUUACACCCAAAAUCUACCUGGUGGUUGUCCGUCUCAAGGCCAAACCACAGAUUGAAGCUAAAUUCUGACCACACAAGACAACAGUAUCACUAUAUAUACGGAAACAUACAGAUCCGCCAUCGUUCCUUCUGUCGAGGUUAUCUACUAUCACAAACUAUAAUGUCUUUGAACGUGUUUGUUUGAAUGCUCAUCCACUUUUUGCCUGUUUGUACAGCAGUUUGUACUGAAACUAAGUUUACUACUUUUACAUCUUUAUACUUGCGUCAAAGGCUAGUCUGAUAUUUGUGGUAGACCUUGGCAGUGUAUUAUAUAUAAAUAAGA